AUGGAUCUUAAACUACAUGAGUGGAAACCUGAUAUGCUAAGUAAAAUAGAAAAAACACUCGAUUCUGAAUUGAAAUAUACUGAUGAGAAAAAAGGUAUUGCAUGUAAAUCAAUUUCUUUUGAACAAGACGAAAAAUAUCCACAACAAGAUGGACGUUUUCUUAAUUUGAAUAUUCGAGGUAUAUGCACAGAUGAUGACGAUAAACCACAUACUAUCGAUAAAGAUUUAAUAACUAAAGCUAUAAUACGACGAAAAGAUGAAGUUAAUGCAGUGAUUGGUGCAAUUGUUUUUCGUAUUGGUAAUGUAAAAUUAUAUGAACGCAAUAGAAAUAAACUUAAUUUAAUUAUUAUACCGGUAUCAAUUGGAUUUGUUACAUUCUUAUUUGUUCUUACAUUUUUCUUACGUCGAAUGAGAGCGAAACAAAAACGUGAUCAUAUUAUAUUAGAAUUACAGAAAAAAAAAGAAGCUAGUGCCAAGAAAGCCCAAGUAAUAGCUAAUAUUGAUCCACAUGCAAAUGAUAAACAACGUUUAUUACAACUUGAUCCAACUGUUGUUGGUAACGUAUCAGAUACAAUGGGUAGUCCAAAAGAAUUUACUAUGGAACAAUAUUCACCUUCAAUUCGUGGUAAUGCAUUGAAUACUAGUGAUAAUCGUUUUUAUAAUCGUGAUUAUCAAGGAAAAACAUCACCGUCGGUAAUGCCUUCAAAAGAAAAUCGUACAUCAUAUUUUAAUCGUGAUGAUGAAACAUCAUUUCCAACACAACGAACAUUAAAAUCUAGUCGUGAACGUAUGCAUGUACCAUAUGAAAAUGAAACACAUUUUUCACCAGUUCAUUCUCAAUAUCAAUAUGAAUCACAACAUCCAGAUAUGGUUUCUAUGCAUGAACAACAUCCACGUGUUGUUGUUCGAUCAAUAAGAGAUGAUGGAAGCAAUCCAAUAUAUCAUCAACAACCAUACGACGAAUCAUCACAAAAUUUUGUAUCUAUACCAGUACAAAUUGAACAUAGUGCUCCUUAUCAACGAUUUGUUGCACCUCCUUAUCAUUCUGAUCCUUAUUAUCCACAUACUAAUUCAUAA